AUUUUUAAUACUGCAGCUCAAAAUCCAGCUCUAAACAAACUUCCAUACUUCGAAGAAUGUAUCAAACUUUCAGGAGCCACAUCGGAAGAUCUUACACCGAAACCAGAGAAAAUGACCCACGAAAGCAAGUGUUUCUUCUUUUGCGCAAUGAAAAAAGAAGGAGCUAUUGAUGCCACAGGCAUGUAUAAGCCAAAAGAAAUAUUCAGAAUUUUGAAGCUUUAUCACGGUAUUGAAGUGCCAGCAGAUCAAAUUAAGACAAUUUCAACUUGUAUAACAGCUCUGGGAAAAGUUUCCCAUUUAUCCGCUGUUAUGGAUCCGACGAAAAUACCUGGUUUUGAAGAAUGCCUUGAAUCGUCAGGAACUACUCUCGAAGCAAUAUCGAAGCGUCCCGUAACUUUGGACCAUAACGUGUAUUGCUUCUUUAAAUGUGCACAUGAAAAAAAAGGAUCGCUUGACGCAGACGGAAACGUUGUGUUAGAUAAAUUAUUAGAUGUAGCCAAUGAGCAUAAUCUCAGUGCUGAUCAACGAAAAACGCUGACCGUUUGUCUCGAAGCGGUGGGAAAGAUCAGUGCUUGCGAAGAUGUUGAAAAAAUUACGAAAUGUUUAAUGCCUAUGAAAAGUUAGUUUCUAAGAAAUAUAUCCGAUUGUUACGUAUAUUAAUAAAGGAUUUCUAUGUAGAGUAUGUUAUAUAUUAAAGAUUUUUUGUUCUUAUA